AUGACGUAUCAUGAAAUGUACAGAAGUACUACACUGGGGACUACUCUCAGAGAGGCGUUAGAUGAGAUGUUGGCGCAUCACCUACUACAACCUGGUAUGGAUAGUAAAGUGAUGAAAAAAUUUGACCAGUGUAUUAGUAAUGCUUUGGCGAAACGUGUUAAGAAUCGUCUGUCUCUUCGCGGUCAUUUGAAUACCUACAGAAACUGUGAUAAUGUAUGGACACUAGUAAUGAACGAUGUAGAAAUAAAGGACUCAUCUGCUAUUAUGACUGUUGAUAAAAUAAAAAUUGUUGCAUGCGAAGGAAAGAAUGCAAAGCCCGCAUCUUCAAAACUAGGCACCACUUCAGCGAAUGAUCGUUUGAGAACUGCUGGCGUCAGUGGAGAAGAUAGUGAACAACGUGAAGCAUUUGGUUCCGGAGAUGAAAUGGAAUGA